AUGGGCAGGGCCAUGGGAAACAUGUUUAUGCUGUGGGUGGCUGCUGCGGGCAUGUGCUAUACCACCCUCAGUGCCUCUGCCUGGUCAGUGAGCAAUUUCCUGGUAACAGGUCCCAAGGCCUAUCUGACCUACGCCACCAGUGUGGCCUUGGGCGCUCAGACUGGCGUCGAAGAGUGUAAGUUCCAGUUUGCUUGGGAGCGAUGGAACUGCCCUGAGCAUGCUUUCCAGUUCUCCACCCACAGCAGGCUGAGAGGUGCUACUAGGGAAUCAUCCUUCAUUCACGCUAUCCGCUCUGCUGGAGUCAUGUACACCAUCACCAAGAACUGUAGCAUGGGUGACUUUGAAAACUGCGGUUGUGAUGGGUCAAAAAAUGGAAAAACAGGUGGCCAUGGCUGGGUCUGGGGAGGCUGCAGCGACAAUGUGGAAUUUGGGGAAAAGAUCUCCAGACUCUUCGUGGACAGCCUGGAGAAAGGGAAGGAUGCCAGAGCCCUGAUGAAUCUACACAACAGCAGGACCGGCAGGCUGGCAGUGAGGGCCUCCAUGAAAAGGACCUGCAAAUGUCACGGCAUCUCAGGAAGCUGUAGCAUCCAGACGUGCUGGCUGCAGCUGGCUGACUUCCGGGAGAUGGGGGACUACCUAAAGGCCAAGUACGACCGCGCGCUGAAAAUCGAGCUGGAUAAGCGCCGACUAAGGGCAGGCAACCGAGCCGAGGGCCGCUGGGCUCCCACAGAGACCUUCCUUCCCAGCGCAGAGGCGGAGCUGGUCUUCUUAGAGGACUCUCCUGACUACUGCACCCGCAAUGCCAGCCUGGGCAUUUAUGGCACCGAGGGCCGCGAGUGCCUGCAGGACGCCCGCAGUGCGUCCAGGCGGGAGCAGCGCAGCUGUGCGCGCUUGUGCACCGAGUGUGGGCUGCAGGUGGAAGAGAGGAGAACAGAGGCCAUGAGCAGCUGUGACUGCAGCUUUAAGUGGUGCUGCACCGUCAAGUGCAGCCAGUGCAGGCUCACCGUGAACAGAUACUACUGCACACGCCCCUCGGGUAGUGUCCGGUCCCAGCCCCGGGGCAGGGGCAAGGGCAAGGGCAGUGCUUGGUAA